AUGCCUCGCGUCACAAAGACAAAGGCACCUGUUGUCGCAACACCCAGACGCGCUACACGCUCGACCGUUCGCGCUGGCAGUGCCAGUCUCGAGGAGCCCAUCGAGGACCCAGCUCCCAGACGCCGCGGCUCGCGUUCCAAGACGCCAGAGUCCAAGAACUCGUCCUUCGAGAAGUCGCAGCCCGAGCACCACCUUCCCGCUCUGACCGAGGUCGAAGAGUCACCUCGCAUCGUCCUUCCACAGCCCAUCGAGGUCGCUCCCAUCGUCGACGCAUCUCCAUACGUCACGCCUCAGCACUACCACAUCGCCGCUGCCACCACACGCAACCCGCUUUACGCUCCACCUGCCGUCACGCAGCUCCUCGACGACGCGCCUGCCGUCAGACACAGUCCUCUUCAGUCGCCUGCUUCUAGCCGCAAGGUUCACAAGUCACCUGCUGUCAGCCAGAGCAACCAGACCUCGCCUACCGUCAGCCAGCUCGUCCACCAGUCGCCCACCGUCAACAAGAGCCUCCACAGCUCGCCUACUCUCCACCGCAGUGUCCAGCAGUCGCCCACUGUCAGCCAGACUGUUCAGCAGUCCGUCGAGAUCUACAUCGACGAGGACGAGGACGAGGACCAGGUUCAGGACGACGCAGAGAUUCACUACUCCGACACCGAAGUCGCCCAAGUCGACCAAGAAGAAGAAGAAGCUGUCCAGGAAGCUGUUGAAUCCCAGCUUGCCAACGAGACAGCCGAGGCUGGUUUGUCACAUUCUCAUCCUACUUUCCCUGUUUUGUUGAAGACUCCCACCACUCCUGCAAGCCUUGCCGGUCACUCUACCUCCAAGAGAAGACGUUCCGCUAGAAGCGGCGGCUUCCUUCGCACUCCCCACCUUCGACNNAACAGUCCAUUGUACCACAGCCCGCUGGCUGAAAUCUCUGGAAACUCUGUUGCUUGGAAAGAAUUCUUCCCUUCUUCCAUGUUCGAAUCCUCUUCACCUGCUUCUCUUGAUUUACCUGCCCUACCUGCUGUUCCUCUCAUGGAUCGCGCACUCCAGAGCGAAGACAUCAUUCCCGAGCUGACCGAUCGUCAAUCCACAGCGCUCCUUUUGGACAUGCGCAGAGAGAUCUUGCGUCUGCGCAAAGUCGAGNAGCAGUUCCUCGCUGCCUCCAAGCAGCAAGCCACCAACUCGCCUGCUCAGCCAGUCGCCAAAUCACCUGCUUCACCUGCUCAGCCACCUGCAACCCAGGAAGCAUCACCAGAGAUUCCUCGCACCAUGCACCGCCUCAAGGAUCUUCGUUACCAGAGAACCAUUGCUGGACCUGCCAGACAGAGACUCCUGGCACAGCGCGAGGCUGACGCAGCAGCCGCUGCCGCCGCUGCUGCAGAAGCCGCCGAGAGAGCUGGGAGGGCUGAGUUGUCCACCAUCCAAGAAGAGUCGAUCGACGAGACUCCUUCACGCUCUCUUCCAUCAUCAUCCUCGCGUUCAAGCCUGUCAUCCGCCAACAGCAAGCGCAAGAGUGCUCAGGCCUCUCAGAACAACACUUUCGAAGCCCAAUCUCCUCAGAUCUCAUCGCAAAAUUCAGUAUCAGCUGAGACACCCGCCGCCGCCUCUCCAGCAUGGGGUCUCACUUCUCUCUUUGGCUCGGUCAAGAAUAUCUUCACUCACCGUCCCAGCUUCUCGCCCAUCAAGCCAAUCGAGUUCACGCAGCCUCAGGAGCCUAUUCAGGAGCAGCAAGUUGAACCUCAACAAGCGACUCAGCAGCAGCAGGCCACACCUUCACCUGUCAAGAGGCAGAGACGCCACCUCUCUUCUUCUCAACAGAGCCCUACUCCAAAGCCUAGAGAGCCUGCACCACCUGCAACACCAGCACAAGCUCCUCAGGAGCCUGAAGACGAUGGUCUCUACGGCCAAACCCCAAGAACCACUCGUCGUCGUGGCGUUCUGCCCGGUUCCAUGCCUCGCAGAAAACGCGACACCCCUGCCAAGCCAAAGGAGCCCAAUGCAGAUCUCAGAGCAUCUCAACUCGAAGUGGCAGCUCAGAGAACUGUUGAGCGCGAGAAGGCCCAAGAAAAGGCUGACAGACUCGAGCGUGAGCGUCAAGCCAUCGUCGCAGAACUGAAGCUGCGUGACUCCACUUACAGCGUUGGCGAUAAACGCAAAAUUUCUGUCAACGUCGACGAACUCGCAGUCAUCCCCAGAAAGGCAUCAGGCGCAAGCUCUGGAACAUACGGUCUCAUGGACGACUUCUUCAACUACGACGAUGAUAGCGACAUUGUCGAGAUGGACGAAGACGAUGUCCAGCUGCUCCCAGUUGCUGAGCACCCGACCAAGAGAGUCAGACUCGACGAGAAUGUCUUCCAGCCAAAGACGCCUGCACCUGCACCAGCAGCUCAACCCAACACUGUCAGCCCUGUCAAGCAGGCAGCAGCAGCACCACAGCGACUUACCGCUCCAGCAACACCUGCUCCUAACUACUCGCAGCUCACUCAACAAGCCAUUGAGAAGCAGCGUCUGCAGAUGUCUGUGCAUCAGCCCAAGCAGCCAUCACGUCUGCGUCACGUUGAGCGUCUUUCAAACGGCAGCGCUCUUGGUGCCUCUUCGCCACAGCAGCCUAUCGCUGCGCCACUUCAAGACACCCAGGAAGUUGUGGCUCCUGUCCAAGAGACUCAGGAAGUCGCUGCUCUGCCUCAAGAAACCCAGGAGGUCGACACUGUCUCUGAGCUUCCCAAGGCACCUGCUCCGAGAGUCUUCAACUGGCCAGAACUCGGUCCCUCAAUGGAGUCACCCGAGACCUGGGCCAAGAUUGACAAGAUCUACACACCCGAACUCAGAGCCGCCGAUCACGAAUUUUUCAUGAGAGGAUUCGCAAACGCCAUGGCCAACGCCCAAAAGUAA